GUCGGACCCAGCGAACACUAGGUAAUGGUAAAUAAAACACAACAAACGAACAGCAUAACUCAUAAUACACAGCUGUCUGUGCGAGUCGCUACAAUACGAAAUGCUCUGAGACCAUGUUGCAACCUCCUGUCACAUCCCACCAGAUCUUCCCGUCAGAUUUGGGAUUUGAACCUGACUCUACCCUAUAGGCUACCUACACUUUUUUGAGUGUUGACAGUCAGCAAGCAUAGCCUACCAUCAGAGACAGAUUUUGCUACCUACCCAAAUGUAAGGUGUUUGUUGGAAGUAACAAACUUGUUCAUGCUUGCGUUAAAUCAAAAUUGUAUUAUUAGAGAUUGAGAUAACAUAUUAUGUUAAUACGUGUAUGUUGGGUAUAAUGAUUGGUUGACUCAUUUGGGGGAUCUAGAUGGAUCUAACCCUGAACCACGCCUUUACAUGCGAUAGAUAUACUCCUCUUCGUAACUUUACCAUGAGGUGUCCACGCGGUCUUUCUGUGUGCUGAUUGGCAAGGAGGUGCACAAACAAUAUAUGUUUUACCAAUGAGAGGGCUGUACAUGCAGCAGUUCAGACGGUGCAUUCACCGAAAGCAUGCACAGGCCGGUAACGGGAUAGUGAGUAUGCGGCUGGCGAGACUGGGUUUGGAUGUCUACUCGCCAUCCAUAUAAAACCAAUGCGGGGACUUGAUGUUUAGUCAGCUCCGAAUUGUACGGUUGAUGACAAUAAGUAGCUAACACUGUAACAGCAUAGUGAUUGGAAUGCAAUCAAACUGUUGGACAUUUGUUCAUCAGUGGAAUUCAAUAGGCUUAACUAGCUAAUAAUAGCGGUCGGCUAUUUUCCACUUAUAUUUUCUUAACCACAGGGACACUGAACAGAUAUUAAAAUGGUCAUCAUUACAAAGAAAUUGAAGACCUUUGAGGUCGUUUUCCAUGAUCCUACUAAGGCUUUCUACUCCAGUGGUGAUAAAGUAGCCGGGAAUAUUGUGGUUGAGGUGUCCGAGGUGACCAAGGUGUCCGCUAUGAGAGUGUUUGGAAUUGGAUGCGCAAAAGUGGAGUACGCGAAAGGAAAGCACAGAUGCCGUGAAGACAUUGAAUAUCUGAAAUACGAAGAUACCGUUUAUCUGGACCACCAGCCUAGAGAUUCCAAUGGCUCGGUCACUCUCAGACCAGGGAACAGAUAUGAGUUCAUGUUUGGUUUUGAGCUGCCACAUCCUGGGCAACUGGUGUCGUCGUACAAGGGGAAGUUUGGCUGUGUACAGUAUUAUGUCAGGGCCGUGAUGGAGAGGCCUUCCCAGCCUGCCUUGCAGUGCGAGAAACACUUUGAGGUGGAGGAGGCCUUGGACGUCAACACCCCUGACCUCCUGGCUCCAGCUGCAGGUACGAAGGAGAAGAAGCUCACCUGCAUGUUCAUCCCAGAUGGACAUGUGUCCAUCAGUGCCAAGAUCGACCGCAAGGGCUUCUGCGAGGGCGAGGACAUCUGCAUCAAUGCCAAGUUUGAAAACACCUGCUCACGUAUCGUGGUGCCCAAGGCAGCCAUCAUGGUCAAGCACACCUACCAGGCCAAUGGCAGGACCAAGGUCCUGGUGCAGAAGCUCUCAGUCGUGAGGGGCAACCAUAUCAUCUCGGGCAUGUGUGACAUGUGGCAGAGCAAGACCAUCCGAGUGCCUAGGCUCAAGCCCUCCCUCCUGGGGUGCGACAUCAUUCACGUGGACUAUGCCCUCAGAAUCUAUGUCCAUAUUCCCGGCAGUGACAAGGUGUUCCUAGAGUUGCCCCUGGUCAUCGGGAACAUCCCCUUCAAUGGCUUUGGCAGCCGCACCAACAGCAUGAGCAGCCAGGCAGAGUCCCUGAACACCCCCUUCAGUAGCUUUGGGUCUCUGCGCCUCCCGUCACAACCCCCCAGCUACAGCAACAUCUCCCGCGACUGCCGUAUCGACUCCCCCCUCACACCGCUGCUGGGCAACUACGACGCAGAUGAGGAUGAAGGACUGUUCAUGCGCGUCCCCGAGAUUUGGUACCCUCCUCCCCCUGCCUACUCCGAGGUCGACGAGGAUCUCAAACAGCAAGGGCCAUGUUCUUCGGGUCUGCUGAACCACGAGUAAGAGUUGCAAUUAAUCCCCGUUGUAGUCUAAGCACUGGUGGUUAGCCUUAGUGAGAUCGGGGAACGGACUGGUGACUGGUUAAAGAGCAGCACAGCUGUGAAGCUGAAGACUCUUUCAAGGAACAGAACUGAGAUGUGGACUUGAGAGUCAAGUUGAAGUGAAAUUCAGGUUGAAUGAGUAUGGAUUGUAGAUGUUGGUGUCCACUCCACAUUCACUAUCACCAUUGCAGUCUUCAGAAACUGAUCGUUCUACAGUUGAAGUCGGAAGUUUACAUACACUUAGGUUGGAGUCAUUAACUCGUUUUUCAACCACUCCACAAAUUUCUUAUUAACAAACUAGUUUUGGCAAGUCGGUUAAGACAUCUACUUUGUGCAUGACACAAGUCAUUUUUCCAACAAUUGUUUAGAGAGAUUAUCUCACUUAUAAUUCACUGUAUCGCAAUUCCAGUGGGCCAGAAGUUUACAUACACUAAGCUGACUGUGCCUUUAAACAGCUUGGAAAAUUCCAGAACAUUAUGUCAUGGCUUUAGAAGCUUCUGAUAGGCUAAUUGACAUAAUUUGAGUCAAUUGGAGGUUUACCUGUGGAUGUAUUUCAAGGCCUACCUUCAAACUCAGUGCCUCUUUGCUUGGCAUCAUGGGAAAAUCAAAAGAAAUCAUCCAAGAUCUUAGAAACAAAAUUGUAGACCUCCACAAGUCUGGUUCAUCCUUGGGAGCAAUUUCCAAAUGCCUGAAGGUAUCACGUUCAUCUGUACAAACAAUAGUACGCAAGUAUAAACACCAUGGGACCACGCAGCCGUCAUACCGCUCAGGAAGGAGACGUGUUCUGUCUCCUAGAGAUGAACGUACUUUGGUGUACUUUAAAACGAGUCCUAUAUCGACAUAACCUGAAAGGCCGCUCAGCAAGGAAGAAGCCACUGCUCCAAAACCGCCAUAAAAAAGCCAGACUACGGUUUGCAACUGCACAUGGGACAAAGAUCACACUUUUUGGAGAAAUGUCCUCUGGUCUGGCAAAAAUAGAACUGUUUGGCCAUAAUGACCAUCGUUAUGUUUGGAGGAAAAAGGGGGUGGCUUGCAAGCCGAAGAACAACAUCCCAACCGUGAAGCACGGGGGUGGCAGCAUCAUGUUGUGGAGGUGCUUUCCUGCAGGAGGGACUGGUACACUUCACAAAAUAGAUGGCAUCAUGAGGGGGGGAAAUUAUGUGGAAAUAUAUGAGGCAACAUUUCAAGACAUCAGUCAGGAAGUUAAAGCUUGGUCACAAAUGGGUCUACCAAAUGGACAAUAACCUCAAGCAUACUUCCAAAGUUGUGACAAAAUGGCUUAAGGAUAACAAAGUCAAGGUAUUGGAGUGGCCAUCACAAAGCCCUGACCUCAAUCCUAUAGAAAAUGUGUGGGCAGAACUGAAAAAGCAUGUGCGCGCAAGGAGGCCUACAAACCUGACUCAGUUACACCAGCUCUGUCAGGAGGAAUGGGCCAAAAUUCACCCAACUUAUUGAGGGAAGCUUGUGGAAGGCUACCUGUAACGUUUGACCCAAGUUCAACAAUUUAAAGGCAAUGCUACCAAAUACUAAUUGAGUGUAUGUAAACUUCUGACCCACUGGGAAUGUGAUGAAAGAAAUAAAAGCUGGAAUAAAUAAUUCUCUACUAUUAUUCUGACAUUUCACAUUCUUAAAAUAAAGUGGUGAUCCUAACUGAACUAAAACAGGGAAUUUUUACUAGGAUUAAAUGUCAGGAAUUGUGAAAACUGAGUUUAAAUGUAUUUGGCUGAGGUGUAUGUAAACUUCUGACUUCAACUGUAUGUCUGUCCCUCUAGUCAUUCCACGGUAGUUCUGUACUUCAGUGUGUUCGAGCAUUUUGACAGUUGAUAUAUUCUCUCAGAGGAAUGAAACAAUGUUAGAAUUCACAUCCAUACAUUGAGUGUGCACAGCUAUCAUUUUAGGUCAGACAGAUACAAUGCUGUGACCAUGCAAAAGUAGUGAAGGGAUAGAAAGUUUCAAUUUUAUAUUCUGUUGCACUUUAUGUUAAUAUCAUUGGCUCUUAAUUAGAUCAUUAAAAAUGACAUAUUUUUGUAUUCAUAAAAGUCUUCCAGAUUAUACUAGGUCAUUUUACAAUAAUGUUAACUCAGUGGUUUAUGGAAGAAGAGAAUGACUUUUCAUGGUAAUGACCAAGCUUGCCGAAUUGGAAUGAUUCAUUUGGAGAUUACAUUAUGUUUUGAAUUUGGGUAUGUGAAAAUGCGAGAAGUAUUUUAUAUGAGGAGAACUUAUUGGUAGGUUUUCUAUUGAAAGAGAAAAUAUACAAUUCUGAAUUGUU